GCAGGAACUCGUUUUCUGCCUCAUCCCUGGUUCGUUAAUCGAAUGGCCAUCCCUGCUGCCCAUAUGAAAAAAAAAAUAAAGUAAAAUUACAUUUCCAUCUUUUUAAUAUGCAAAUUUCUGGUCGAAAUCUAGUGAACUCCGGACAAUAAAAGGCGUUUAAUAAUGUGACGUGGCUGACUCCCGCCGGAACGUUUCGUGCCUUCUCCAAGGAAUCGUAAUCCAAGUCCAGACGACAAAAUCGAUGGUGAUGCUGUCUGGGAAAAAGUGCAUGUGCAUUAAAUCGGACUACUAAGCAAUAUGGGCCAUAAAAUCCGAAAUGCCCGGUGACAAAAGCGAGGACAAGUAAUCCAUAAGCCCAAUUGCCAGUUAAAAGUGGUUCCACAGCUCCAAUUCGGAAAGAUGCAAACAGAACCGACAACAUGAAACAAAAGCAAUAACAAGGUGCUCGAACCAAAAUAAAUACAUACCUACAGACACUCGAGGGGGUGGAUAUGUAUUGAGGUGGCUACUUUUUUUUUAUACCACAAGCUUCGAGUCUACUUCAGCUGAUUACACAAAAAUCCUCAAAAAUAUUUAUACAACUGUCCAUAAUGUCCGACGGCGUGAGCAUUUUGCACAUCAAACAGGAGGUGGACACAUCCUCGGCGGGUGGCGGAGCCUCCUGCUUCAGUCCGGGGUCCAAAGCAACCACCACCACCACACAGAGCGGCAGCAAUGGCAUGAAGUCCUCGCCAUCGGUGUCGCCCGAAAGGCAGCAGUGCAGCUCUACGACUUCCCUCUCCUGCGAUCUUCACAACGUCUCGCUGAGCAACGAUGGCGACAGUAUAAAGGGCGGUGGAACGGGAAGCGGCGCCAGCGGAGGUGGCGGCGGAACAAAUGGCGCCAAUGCCAGUAACGCCAGCGGAGGAGCAGGAUCAGGAUCCGUACGGGAUGAAAUGCGGCGACUGUGCCUGGUGUGCGGCGAUGUUGCGAGUGGAUUCCACUACGGCGUGGCCAGCUGCGAGGCGUGCAAGGCGUUCUUCAAGCGGACCAUUCAAGGCAACAUUGAAUACACGUGUCCGGCCAACAACGAGUGCGAGAUCAACAAGAGGCGACGCAAGGCCUGCCAGGCGUGUCGCUUCCAAAAGUGCCUUCUCAUGGGAAUGCUCAAGGAGGGCGUGAGGCUGGAUAGAGUCCGAGGUGGAAGGCAGAAGUACCGGCGUAAUCCCGUGUCCAACUCCUACCAGACUAUGCAGCUGCUCUACCAGUCUAACACCACCUCGCUCUGCGACGUGAAGAUUCUAGAGGUGCUCAACUCGUACGAGCCGGACGCGUUGAGCGUUCAGUCGCCGCCGCCUCAGCAGCAGGUUCAUACGACUUCCAGUGCCAACGACGAAGCCUCCUCCUCCUCCGGAAGCAUCAAACUUGAGUCCAGUGCCGGAGUGGUCACUCUCAGUGGAACGUGCAUUUUUCAAAACAACAACCACAACGAUCCCAAUGAGAUACUCAGUGUCCUGAGCGAUAUCUACGACAAGGAGCUGGUGAGCGUGAUUGGAUGGGCCAAGCAGAUCCCAGGCUUCAUAGACCUGCCGCUGAACGACCAGAUGAAGCUGCUGCAGGUGUCCUGGGCCGAGAUCCUCACGCUCCAGCUAACCUUUCGGUCCCUGCCCUUCAAUGGCAAACUGUGCUUCGCCACGGACGUUUGGAUGGACGAGCUCUUGGCGAAGGAGUGUGGCUACACCGAGUUCUACUACCAUUGCAUGCAGAUUGCUCAGCGAAUGGAGCGCAUUUCGCCCAGAAGAGAAGAAUACUACUUGCUGAAAGCCCUCCUGCUGGCCAAUUGCGACAUCCUCUUGGACGAUCAGAGUUCGCUGCGCGCCUUUCGCGACACGAUUCUCAACUCCUUGAACGAUGUCGUCUAUCUCCUGCGCCAUUCGUCGGCGGUGUCGCACCAGCAACAGCUACUUCUUCUGCUGCCGUCGCUGCGGCAGGCGGACGACAUACUGCGGCGGUUCUGGCGGGGAAUAGCCCGCGAGGAAUCGGUCACCAUGAAGAAACUGUUCCUCGAGAUGCUCGAGCCGCUGGCCAGGUGAAACCCAAGCAGCCAAUCUAGUUGAUCUAGCUGAUAAGCAACGGUGCAAUAUAGUCAUAAGUUGGGCGUAUACUAGACUAGAUUAAGCGUAGGAUAAGCCCCUGUACAUAAAUAGUAAAUACUUGUCGGGUAAGAUUAGUGCGCAGA